AGAAUCAGAGCCAGGGCGCGAGCCAAAGCAAAAGCCCAAAGCCGCAAAGCCGGAGCUGAAUCAGGUCCAAGACCGGUUUGGCAGCGGUGCGUGGAAACGGAACGGGGAAAGAAUGCCAUGCCGAAAGAGAAAGCAUUCUCCAGCGAUCACUUCAGUUGUUUUUGUUGACGUGUGCAGCUCGGAGGGAAAUGCUCCACCCGUUCCACAUCCAGAUUCAGAUCGAGAUCUAGGGUGAAAAAUUCUAGAAAAUAUGGCAGCCAGCGUCGUUAAGGCACCCAAAUGUCCCAGACGAGGAUCGGCCAAAGAGCAGCAGCAGCAGCAGCAGCCAAAGGCCUCAGCCAGCAAGUCAAACAAAGAGUCAAAUAAUUGGCAUUGGUGGAUGCUGCUGGCCUCUGUGUUCCUCGUUACCUUUGCCACUCGCUUCUACAAGGUCACCGAACCGGAUCACAUCUGCUGGGAUGAGACACACUUUGGCAAGAUGGGCAGUUGGUACAUCAAUCGAACCUUCUUCUUCGAUGUCCAUCCACCGCUGGGCAAGAUGCUCAUUGGCCUGUCUGGCUACUUGACUGGCUACAAUGGAACAUUUCCGUUCGAGAAGCCCGGGGAUAAGUACAACGAGACGGCCUAUCAGGGCAUGCGAUAUUUCUGCACAACGCUGGGGGCACUGAUCAUGCCCAUGGGCUUCGAUACUGUCUACGAUCUGACGCGAUCCCAUGAGGCGGCGCUGCUCUCGGCAGCCUAUCUGAUAUUUGAUGUGGGCCUGCUGACGCUGAAUCAGUACAUCCUGCUGGAUCCCAUUCUGCUGUUCUUUAUGAUGGGCUCCGUCUGGGGCAUGGUGAAGAUCUCAAAGGCCACCGCCUCGGGUGGUUCGUACAGCAUACGAUGGUGGUUCUGGCUCUUCCUCACCGGCACCAUGCUCUCGUGCACGAUCAGCGUCAAGUUUGUGGGCCUGUUUGUGGUGCUGCUGGUGGGCCUGCACACGGCCACCGAGCUGUGGAUCAUACUGGGCGAUCUCGGCCAGCCGAUUGUGGAGACCCUCAAGCAGAUCGCCUGCCGGGCCAUCAGCCUCAUCCUCUGGCCCAUCCUCCUGUACACGCUCUUCUUCUACAUCCAUCUGAGUGUGCUCAAUCGCAGCGGCAAUGGCGAUGGCUUCUACAGCUCCGCCUUCCAGUCGCGUCUCAUCGGCAACUCGCUGUACAACGCCAGCAUGCCCCGGGACGUGGCCUACGGCUCCGUGGUGACCAUUAAGAACCACAAGACGGGCGGCGGCUAUCUGCACUCCCACUUCCAUUUGUAUCCGAAGGGCUCGGGCGCCCGCCAGCAGCAGAUCACCACCUACACCCACAAGGAUGACAACAACAAGUGGCUGAUCAAGCCGCACAACAAGCAGCGGCUGCCCAAGGACAAGCUGCAGCUGCUGCGGCACGGCGAUCUCGUCCGGCUGGAGCAUUUGGUGACCAAACGGAAUCUGCACUCGCACAGCGAACCGGCGCCCAUGACCAAGAAGCAUCUGCAAGUCACGGGCUAUGGUGAGGCGGGCGCAGGCGAUGCCAACGAUGUGUGGCGCGUACUCGUUGUGGGUGGCAAGGUCAAUGAGACGGUGCACACGGUCACCUCGCGGCUGAUGCUCAUCCACUAUCUGCAGAACUGCGCCCUCACCUCCAGUGGCAAGCAGCUGCCCAAGUGGGGCUUCGAGCAGCAGGAGGUGUCCUGCAAUCUGAAUGUGCGCGACAAGUACGCCCACUGGAACAUCGAGGACAAUGAGCACAAGUUGUUGCCCAGUGUGAGCUUUAGUGUCUAUGCUCCGGGUUUCUUUGCACGCUUCCUCGAGUCCCAUGCCGUCAUGCUGCAGGGCAACGCGGGCCUCAAGCCCAAGGAUGGUGAAGUGACCAGCAGACCCUGGCAGUGGCCCAUCAACUAUCGGGGUCAGUUCUUCUCUGGCAGCAGCUAUCGCAUCUAUUUGCUGGGCAAUCCCGUCAUCUGGUGGAGCAAUCUGGUAUUCCUGGGCCUCUUCGUGGCCGUCUUUCUGGCCAAUGCCAUACUACAGCAGCGACGCGCUGGCCAGCUUCGGUCCCAGCUCCGCUCUCAAGUGUACAGCGAGGACAGCGAACCCUCCACCACGGAUCUGUGCAGCUGCUGUCCAGAGGAACAGUUGGAGCAGCAGCAGCAGCAGUUGCAGCACAGCGAUCCACUUCGGGCAGCUGCCUGGCUAUUUGUCGGCUGGCUGCUCCACUAUCUGCCCUUCUGGGCCAUGGGGCGAGUGCUCUAUUUCCAUCACUACUUUCCGGCGCUCAUCUUCAACUCACUGCUGACAGGUGUGAUGUUCAACUAUAUUAUACAGUCGCUGCCCCGUUGGAUACAGCACAUACUGCUGGGCGUGCUGCUGUCGCUGAUUGUCUAUAGCUUUGCGCUCUUCUCGCCCCUGGCCUAUGGCAUGAGCGGUCCCCUGGCCAAUGAGCCCAACAGCACCAUGCACAGCCUCAAGUGGCUGUCCACGUGGGAGUUCUAGGCGUGCCUCUAGCUAGCUAUGAGUAGGUAUAAUGUAUUUAAUGUUUAGUUUUUUGCGCUUAGGACUACGUACCGAAUAAAAGUAUCAACGAGGAACAACAACAACAAAAAAAAAAAAAAAAA